AUGGCACUUAAACGAAUUCAGAAAGAAUUGCAAGAUUUAGGUCGUGAUCCACCAGCACAGUGCAGUGCAGGUCCUGUUAGUGAUGAUUUAUUUAAUUGGCAAGCAACAAUAAUGGGGCCACCAGAAUCACCGUAUCAAGGUGGCGUGUUUUUUUUAACAAUCCACUUUCCGACGGAUUAUCCAUUCAAGCCACCAAAAGUGGCAUUCACGACACGAAUGUAUCAUCCAAAUAUUAACAGUAAUGGAAGUAUUUGUUUGGAUAUACUUCGUUCACAGUGGUCGCCAGCACUGACGAUUGCUAAAGUUCUUCUCUCAAUUUGUUCGUUGCUUUGUGAUCCAAAUCCAGAUGAUCCACUGGUGCCAGAAAUAGCUCGUGUUUACAAAACAGAUCGUGAUAGGUAA